AUGUCUUUCGGCUUCGGCGUUGGUGACUUCAUUGCCGUUGGGGAGCUAUGCUGGAAGAUCUACACCCGAGUAUACAAGGCGUCACGCGAUGCACCAGAGGAGCUUCGGGCUUUAAUCCAAGAACUGGGAAAUCUUUCAAACACAGUGAAAUUGCUCAAUGUGGAAUUGAGAGAUCACGAAGAGUGGUUAAAGCGGGCGAGAGAGAGACGACUCGAAUACAUCUGCAAAGUCAUGAGUCAAGCCAAUGAGACGCUUCAGAAAAUGGAUCGACUUGCAGACAAAUAUGCGGAACUCGGCACGGGAGAUGGUUUGGAGGGUUCCAAGCGUUCAGUUCGAAUCUAUUGGAACCGAGUCAAGUACGCAUUGGAGGUGUCUAGCAUCAACGAGCUUCGUGCGAAGUUCAUGUCUCACAAUUUCCACUUAACACUUCUUCUGCAAGGUGCUCAAAAUUCAUCUUUGGAACGGAUUGAGAAACAACAAUCAAAAACGGACAUGAAGCUGGACGAGCUUCGGAACCUCAUGAUAGGCGACCGCAGUUCGCGCGAGAAUCCUCUUCUGAACGGUCCGUUAGAGGAGGAAGUUCGAGCAGAGCUUAGCGCAGCAUUCUUGCGAAGUGCAGAGACUGGUAAUAGGCCUUGGGCCUCUAUUGGGAUAGACGACUGGCUACAAGCCGGUAAAUGGUGGUUGUUAAAGGCUCGUUCACAGAUGAAUCAUCUAGCUCAGGGGUUGGCAGUUGAAGCUGAGGCCUAUAUCAACCUUUUCAAGGCAUGUUGGAUACUGAUCGAUAUUGUCUCUAUACAUCCACAACGCAUGCACUUAGGUGCAUCUAACGACAGACGAAAUGAAGACAUCCGAAAACUCAGUCAGACCGCAAGAAAAAGCUUGGAAAGCUUCCCUCGUUUCGAUUUUCAACUCCACGAUAUCGAGGGCUAUACCAUGAAUAUAUGGCUUCAAGAAGCAACCUCGGGCAUAAUUGCCUCUCGCUAUCAGCCCAACUUAAUUGGCAGUAAUCAUAGUUGGCAAACCUCAAACGGAGAAAUCUUGUUUCAGUGUUUCGUGGAGAUUUGUAACACGACCAAGAGCACCAAAAACCUCCCUGACGAAUGUUUUCUUACGAUAGAGGUACCUCAUGAAGGCAUUUUUCUCAACUUCACUCUCCAAAACUUCGCCGGCCAAAUCGUCUCUGAGCUACAGGUUAAGCCUGCUGAUGAGUAUUUUGACUUUCAAUCACUUUAUUUCGAGCCAUGGGUAGAGUUUGAGGGUUCAGAAAAGAAAAGCCUAGUCCGACUCCUGAAUGACCAAGACUCCAAUGCCUUGGAGGCAAUUCUUUGGGGGUUCCGGCUAUUUGGUUCAGCAUUUCACCCCAUAUCAUUGAGCGUAUCGAUGGUUCAUUCUGUUUCUGUGUUAGCCAAUUGGCCGAGUCGAAAUUGGCGCUCUCUGCUGCUUCCAGGCUAUGACAUUGGCUGCACAUCCCAAUCCGAUUCGCCUACGUUACUUUUAAGGACAAUCAUUCUCGAUCUAGCGGAGAAAGGCUGCGAGAAAAACAUCUCAGGCUCGAAGUUUCUCGCUCAAGAUCUGAGCGUCGAAUUACCACCGGGUUACCGCGAUUGGAAGGUUAUCUGCUGGCACUGUGAGAAAUUCGAGGACAUCAAGCCGCUAUUCAAAAAGUUCCAUGUUCGAAAUGAUGUACACCACUACUUGAUUCAGACCGCAUUUCUUCGACUUAACCGUAGUCUUUUGAGCCAGUUGGCGUGUUACAUGAACUACGGAGAUGCAUGGCGCCCUGAUGAUGUACUCAUUAUGGUCGAGGCUGCCCUGAGCUCAGAGGAUGCUGGAUAUCUUCUAUGGGUCUUGGACAAUGUUGCUUCUAGUGUGAUUUCUCGGCAUCGGAUUGCUAUCCUCCGUUUUGAAGGCUUCUUACAACUGAUCGAAGACUGUGGCGGCUCUUUCAGCAGUAGGGCAGCUGAAGAUGUGGAUUUCACGGAUUUCUAUCCCACUUUUGUGUCCGGUUGCAGUCACUUGAUAGAGCGCAAAUGUUCCAACUCUCUGAGCCUCUAUCUCAGUUCCUUUGAGAGACUUGGCAUUAAUUUCCAUGGUGUCCGAGGCCAUGAAACCACCGAUUCCUCUCAAUUGGCGAUUCUUCCGGCACUAGUCUCUCCAGAUCCAUCAUUUCUUCGCAUUCUACUGGAACGAGAUGUCGCAGUGGUAGAUAUGGAACCUUUCGUUGUGGAGUACAACUCAUGGAAUGUGGCGAAGUGUCCACCGCGGCUAGAGUUGAGGGAGUUAGUUCAAUAUCCUUCCUUAUCAAUGCCACAUUGGCCCCUCUACUGCGCAGUUAUGCUUGUUUGCGAUACGGAAUUCCUUCACCUACUGUGUCAACAUGGGGCAUCGUUGCAACAAAAGCGCGAGGGUACGCAAGAUCAGAAGACUGAGACACAAGGGAUAACUCAUCACCUUUCAAGCCUAUCAAGUGUGUCAGAUGCUCGACUGGAGUACAUGGAGGCCCUCAUGAUUUGCCAUGUACUUAUUUGUGUCGGCACCCUGGGUAGGCACUUCCCUUCAAGACCUGCGAACUAUUUCAGAGCAGUCGAUGAGAUGACGGACUAUGAAGAGACUUGGAGUUGUAUGGAGCGCCUUUUGUAUCGCGAUAGCUUCUUCUCUGACUGUUUAUGUCCAUGUGGCUAUGCCUUUCAAGGUGACUGGAAAAGGCGGCCUGACACACGCUCAAAGAUGAUGUCUAGAUACUCUGAGUUCCCACAACAUUAUUCUAAACACCUUCGGACACAGGCAACCUGGGACACAUGGCGUCGCGAUGCCUUAGAGAUUCUGAACAUGUAA